UUUGUUGUUAAAUGUUAAUUGACUUGUUUUGAACUUCAGUUUUAACCACACUGUGAUUUUUCUUUAUAUUUUUUAUUCAUUUUUUUGUGUGUGUGUUUGUUGUAGAUGGACUAUAGUGCCCAGUUUCGCAGGGAGGCCACCGGUGAGCUGACCCUUAAACCAUCACCUGAGGCAGUAGCUCUUGCUGCUGCCUACAGGAAAAAUCCCACCCCGGGCCGUUCAUGGCCUGCGGUAAGGGUCAAGGAGGAGGCCAUCGCUCGCGUGGCAGCAGCGGGUGGUGACACGUCUUGUCACCAGCUCGUGCUCAGCGAAAGCGCACUGCAGUUCGGCCAGUACCGGGGUAAAACCUUUAAAUGGUUGCUUUCCAACGAUGUUGGUUAUGCAGCCAUGGUGCUGGCCGUGCAUCAGCGGGAGCGUGAGGCUGGUGACACCACCCAAUCGUUCAUCAUGGGAAACAAGGAUGCAUUGCUGCGGUAUGCUGGCUUGUUUCCUGUCAUGAUGGCUGCCAUCAGCGAGCGACGCGUCAGAGAGGGCCAUGGCACACCAGCCCAGGAAGACCAGGUUCUUGUUGGAUUUGGCAACUUUGCUGCCAUGUCCUUCAAAGACCUUUAUGAGGCAACGGACCGUGACAGAAAAGGAUUUGUCAAGUGGGUAAAAAAGCAGAGUUCUAGACCUGGCACAAAGAUGGAACUUUUUCAGAAGUAUAUAAGGAGAAGAGAUGCUGAGAUGCUGCCAGGAUCAGCACCUCCAGGCAUGAAUUUUAUGUGA